AUGAUCCAUUCGAAGAAGACCGUCGAAGCGUUUUGUGUGGCCGCCUCAGACAUCAUGUCCAAGAAGCCUGCAGCCUGGUGGUUUCGACCGCCAUACGGGCUCAAUGGACUACGCGACAUUGUCUUCCGCAUCGCUGUCCGACUGUUUCUUGAAGACGUGUCGCACGGGGGCGCUAGCCAUCGUAAGGUUUACGAGUUCGAUAACAACCCGUCCACUGUUGUUGAGCUCAUGGACGGUAAAAUCGGCGUUACAAGUGCAGAUAAGAUCAUUGAGGAGAUAGGCGGGUGCGGACGUUUCCAAUGGCGUUUGUCCGCCCUGAUCCAUGCCAUGAAGACCGUCGUAGCGUUCUGUAUGGUUGCCUUAGUCAUCAUGUCCAAGAAGCCUACGGCCUGGUGGUGCCGCACACCAUACGAUGUCAACGCGACGGGUUUAAUCGUUGACGUGACGGCGUCUUGCGCAUCGCGACCAAACGCGACCAACUGUUUCCUAAAGACGUGUCGCCCUGGUAACGCCAGCAGUUGCCAGGCUUACGAGUACGACAACAGCCCGUCCACUCUAGUGACCGAAUUCGACCUACUCUGUGACUGGAGCUGGGUACCCAGCACUAUAAUGUCAAUCCAGCUUGGCGGCGUUCUGCUGGGGAAUUUCUUCGGCGGUCUAUUAGCCGACAUGUUUGGAAGGAAACCCGUGCUGUUCGCGCCAAUGUUCGUUCUGACCAUAUCAAACCUCGUAGGUUUCUUGGCGGGGAGUUGGGUACUGAUGGCGGCCUCUCGGUUGUUCGUUGGUCUUGGCUGCGGUCUCUUCCUGAGUACGCAGUAUUCUUAUCUCUGUGAGUUCACGCUAGCUCAGGACCGCCCUUUGGCCAUUGGGUUUCCGUCUUGGGCCAUCCAACACUGCCUUUUCGCGCUGCUUGCCUGGCUUCUGAAAGACUGGCGUUACAUUCAGCUCAUGGUAUCGCUUGCCUGUCUCAGCGACGUUCCUUGCUUGGUGGUGAGUGAAUUAGCACAUGGUAUCGAAAUUCAAAUGUACGAGUAA